AUGGCAAAUGCUGGAAGGAACAAUUGUCCCAGCUCGGCUACCCCUACUGCACCUUGUUCAAGCAGUCAACAACAAGAUUAUCGGGCUCAGAUUCAGAACUAUCAAUUACAAGCCAUUCAAAACCGUCAACCUCCGAAUUUAACUAAUGCAUCUGGAUUCCAACCUACUUCCUGGUCAUUUCCGACAAACCAAACAAUCUACCAACUUGAAGAUUCAAAUAAUCCCUCUAGAGAGGAUAGAUCACGUUCUGCUUCAUCUAGUUACUAUGAUGAGACUGCCAGAUCAUUCUCGGCAGCGGCUGCUGUGGCCGCGGUAGCAGCAGCGGCCUACAUCAGCUCCUCUAGCGCUGUCGUGACGUCUGGGUACUUCGGCGAUCCGAAAUCGAUUAAAUGCAAGCCGCCUCAAACAGAUACCACCACGAAAACUACUGGCAAUUGCAGCAUGCAACAAGGGAGUAGCAGCUCCUAUGAGUCCAGCUUCGGAACUCAGAAUACUGAUCCUGGCACCUGUCUUCCAAAAACGAUGGGUUACACUUCAUCUUCCACUCUGAUUUCAACUCCUGAUGCUCAUUCGAAAUCUGCGCAUUCUUUCACGGAUAUCCAACAAGCUUCUGGAAAUAUUUUAAGUCAAAAUUCUUCAAAACUCCCAUCGUUUGCCAACGGUUCAGAGACCAAUGGAUUCUCUGAACCCUACUUGCCCCAAAGUAUUUCAAAUACUCAAAAUUCAAACCUCUCUGAUCCUGUUACCUCAACUCCAGUUCCACCGCGGAAGAGAUCUGAGAAGCCUCCAGCUCACGUUAAGAAACCACUUAAUGCUUUCAUGCUUUUCAUGAAGGAAAUGCGGGCAAAAGUCGUUGCAGAAUGUACAAUGAAGGAAUCGGCGGCAAUAAACCAAAUUCUGGGUCGAAAAUGGCAUGCUCUACCUCAUGAAGAGCAAGCAAAGUUCUAUGAAAUGGCUAGAAAGGAGAAAGAACUUCAUCAGAGACUGUAUCCUGGUUGGUCAGCUAGGGACAACUACGCGUAUCAUGCGAAGCGACGUAAGAAUCGAUGCCGAUAUCGAGUAUACAACAGUAAUCAAGAUCGACCUAGAGAUAGGUCUCCACCGAACAACAAUCAAGAUUCUAUUUCGAUGGAUAAGGCAAAUGUGAAUCGUCGGGGGCCAGCAGCUAAUAACAUGAGUGGAAUGUUUAAAUAUCCUCCAUUAUACAAAUACCCUUUCCCAAUUGGAAAUAUGACAUCUGGUGACCACUGCUGCUCUUCUACUGAUGAUCUUAUGCCCUAUUUUGGUUUUAUCGAUCGAAAUCAGCAACAACUUCUUCAUGAUCAGCAACUGCAGGUAGAACAACAACAUGGUCAAACAUUUGGUCUCAAUACCCAACAGACUGAUUUAGGAUCAGGUAUAAAAGAGGAUUGUAAACCACGAUUACCUGGUCAAUUUCCCGAAACCGUAGAAACGAUUCCUUCAGUUCAGCAUUUCAAUCCUUCAAACAAUUGGCUUCUUGGAAAUAAUCAUCAACCCCAAUUACCUUAUGAUCUCAUUUCUUCAGCAUCAACAUCUCCCUGGUCCCAAUCCCAUCAACAAAUUGAAGAUCGUUUCCAGCGACAGAUCCCACAACCGAAUUGCAUCGGAAUAUCCAAUCAAUAUUCAACACCCCCUUAUAAUCCGAAUGGUAGUUUUGAUUUCCAUUACAAUUAUAUGAAUCCCAACUACCUUGCAACACAGAAAACCUCGCCGGUAAUCAUUGAUCCUUAUUCUUCACUUAAAACUUCAAAUUUUCAUCAGGAUCUUUCUUCUAGACCCUCCCUUUUCUCGAAUGAAUACGAUGACACCGAAAACUCCACAACUGCUCCUCUCUAUGGAUCUUCUUCCACUUGA